CUUAUCAUAUUUUGUUUUUUUUUUGCCAAUAUUUGUCUUCUUCCUUGGAACACCUGUUUCUGAAAUUUUCUUCUUUGUUUUCUCCUUUCGAUUUCUAUCUGGAGCCCGAGUUGCAGAUCCACCAGUCCCGUGGACAACUUCCAACAAAGAUCAUUGCUCUUCUGCAGAACCUGAUAAUCUCCAACAAAUAUUCUUCGUUUUACGGUAUUACACCAGCAGAAUAGUUCUGCUUCCCCCUUCUUGAAGAUGGACAGGGCAGAUACAUCGGGAUUUGUAAGUGGCGGAAGUUAUUCAUCUCUCAAGUUGCUCCAAUAUAUGCUUAUAACUACAAGUGUGAUGUGCUAAGUGGUAGUUUUUGGGGGAGUUCUCUUUGAUCUGAUUCCUUAUCAUUUUUCAUAUGAAUUUGAACGACGGUGUAGCUCAUCUCUCUAGUGACACCAACAUUAAUAUGGGUGACACCGAUCUUAGCCUGAAGUGCCUUGGGGGUUCUCAAAACUAUUUUUGUUCCAAUGUUUCUAAUUGCACUGAUGAUGGCUGCCGGUUGGUUCUUGGAUUGGGUCCAACUUCAUCUUCAUAUUGUUUUAGUGUUAAUAACAAUAACAAAGAUUCUGCUUCUGGAUUCACUCAACAACACGGUGAUUCAGUUCUGCAACUUGGUCUUCCUGCUGUAAGCAUAGACACUUUCAAUGGACAUGAUUGUUCAUUGUCGACGUAUACAGAUUUUACUAUGCCCCGAGAUACUAUCAAUAAUGGUCGACAACGUGUGAUUCCUGUUAUUGAUGAAGGUUCUACUUCUGCAAAGAGAUCAGGUGGCUACAUGCCAUCACUUCUGUUAGAUUCAAAUGUCAACAAUACUUCACAGAGGCAACAACUUAAUCAUUAUGGAACCGGCAUACAUUCACAAGUGAGCCUAGAGCCAUCACCUUACACAACGUUCUCUGUACAGCAGAGGACUAGCAGCAAUCCGAGGAAGUGCAAAUUUAUGGGGUGUGUGAAAGGAGCUCGAGGAGCAUCAGGACUAUGCAUCAGCCAUGGAGGAGGACAGAGAUGUCAAAAACCAGGCUGCAACAAAGGCGCAGAGAGUAAAACCACGUUCUGCAAAACACAUGGUGGAGGGAACAGGUGUGAGCACUUGGGAUGCACCAAGAGUGCCGAAGGAAAAACAGAUUUUUGCAUAUCUCAUGGUGGUGGAAGACGUUGUGAGUUCCCUGAAGGAUGUGACAAAGCAGCACGUGGCAGAUCGGGCCUCUGCAUCAAACACGGUGGUGGCAAAAGAUGUAAUAUCGAAAGCUGUACACGAAGUGCUGAAGGACAAGCUGGUCUUUGUAUAUCCCAUGGUGGUGGAAAACGAUGUCAGUUUAUUUCAGGUUGUGAGAAAGGAGCUCAAGGAAGUACUAACUACUGUAAAGCACAUGGAGGCGGAAAACGCUGCAUAUUUUCAGGAUGUAGCAAAGGAGCAGAAGGGAGUACUCCUCUGUGUAAAGCACACGGAGGUGGGAAACGCUGUCUCGCAGAUGGAGGCGGGAUCUGCUCUAAAAGCGUACAUGGUGGGACUAACUUCUGUGUUGCUCAUGGUGGCGGGAAAAGAUGUGCUGUAGCAGGGUGUACAAAGAGUGCGCGUGGUCGCACUGACUGUUGUGUUAAGCAUGGUGGUGGGAAACGUUGUAAGAUUGUUGAUUGUGAGAAGAGUGCUCAAGGUAGUACUGAUUUCUGUAAAGCUCACGGUGGUGGGAAAAGAUGUUCUUGGGAAGAUGGAAAAUGCGAGAAGUUUGCUAGAGGCAGAAGCGGUUUAUGCGCUGCGCAUAACACUGUUAUGUCUCGAGAGAAAGGAGAUGGAAGCAAGAGCGGUUUGAUUGGACCGGGACUGUUCAGUGGCCUUGUUGUUGGCUCUGCUUCUGAUCAUUCUCAAUCUGGAGCUAGCGCCGUCUCUGAUUGUACUGAGUCUGUUGAUAGAAUACAGUUUGAGAAUAGACAGAAGAAGAAGAUGAUGAUACCAAUGCAGGUUCUUGUACCUUCAUCAAUGAAAUCUCCAAGUAGUUCAAAUGGAGGAGAAACAAACAUCUUUGACUUUAUGGUUCCGGAGGAAAGAGUUCACGGUGGUGGGCUAAUAAUGUCUUUACUUGGUGGUUCCAUGGGUAGAAACUGAAAGCCAUUUGUUUGGUAAAAAUGUCACCCCUUCUCAGCACAGACUUGUGUCUAAAGCAUUGUGUAAAAUAGUAUAUGUGGGGAUCCUCUGUAAAUUUCUUGGGUCGUUUUGGUUUGAUUGGUGUUUCUGUAUGUACCCGGUUAUGUUACUCUUUGUCAUCUAAACCGAUGACUCAAAACCCAAAAUCUUGUUUCUCAUUUAUGGGCCUUUAGUGGGCUUAUUUACAAUCGCCAA